UCAUUCCCAAAAUGUUUAGCGAGGUUUUCAGGACAUAAAAGCAAGUCAUCUUGUUUCCGUGCCCAACCUCAGAGAGCCCCUCAGACAGAUCCCAUAUCACCUCGUACAUUGACCAAUGCGUUUCUCCUUCCUCGUCGUCGUGGCUGCUUUGACAGCAUCUAUGUGUGUCAGUGCAACACCAGCUGUUUUCAGUAGGGAAUGUGGUGCCGAUUACGCGGCUUGCCACCUAGGCUCUGAGUGCUGCUCUGGAAACUGCGGCUAUAACUAUCUUUGUAAUAGCGUUGCGGUGGGAUGUGCUAUCCUAAGAACAAGCAAAAUCCCGAGGAAUUGGCACGUCGCGAGAUUACUUGCUGAGUUGAUCGCUAUGGUUGCUCUUGCCAGACAAAUUUCAACUGCCUCUUGAGCAAUGUAUACUAUGUAGUGGUGAAUCGAACGAGACCGACAUUGACUUGAAAAUA